AUGGGACAAAGACAUCAACUCUUCGUGAUUGCCAAGAUAAAUGGGCGAUACCGUGGAUUAGCAGCAAUACACCACCAAUGCCUCUGGGGCGCUAGCGCUCUUCAAGUCUGUCUAAAUAUCCUCAAAAUCUUGCAAUCUCCGGCCAACAGAAUCGCAUUAUCGCAUGAACUUCGCCAUGCAACUCGCCUUAAAGAGGAAGAUUGGGCGCGGAGAAUUGGAUUCGCAAAAGUUUCUGUGGCCGAUAUCCCAUUCCCUUUAUUCUUACAUGUUUGGUUGUCGGAGCUGGCCUCAGAGCAAAGGAUAGUUAUCAUGCUCGAGUCCACAAUCUUCCUUUCAAUCUACCAUUUCAUGGAAGCGAUAACAACGACGGAAUUACGCGACGAAGAGGAAGACGGGGCUCCCCCAAAGCCCCCCGCCAUGACCCCGCUUACUGGACCCCAAUAUCUUUGGGGAUAUUAUAGAAGAGAUUACCAAUCGAAUCAAGAAAAAUUCCAAGAUCUGGUUGAAAGCUUUCAAGCUUUGCCGCUAAUUGAUGGGAAAGCUCUGUAUAGUGCAUGGCCUAACAGCUCGUGGAGGAUAAUGGUACAGGGUGGCGGGGAGAGUGAAUGGAACCGUGUUGAACAAGUCGUGGCAGAAGAAAAAGUUUCUGGGCAGAAGAAAUCGAAUUUUGUAAAUUCUGAAAUUUCAAGCCUCAAAGCAUUCUCUCUUGUCAAGGUUCUGAACUCAGCAAUUGCAAGUUCACCCUCCGAACUUCCGCAGAUUCUUGAAAGGGCAUCGCUCCUUUGGGACUUCUAUCCUGCCGCCAAGGCAAAGCUAUAUGCUGAUCCUGCCGAUGUGUCGAAUUUUGCAUCGGCACGUCGGAUUUUGAGAAGUAUUCUUAGAAAUGAAAAUAAAAUAGACCUUAGUCCCUUCGAACUGACUACCGAGCAAAUUUCAGAAGUAUUGGAGGAAGCAUUUAAAGAUCCGAUGGAUGUGGUUAGUUUGAACUUGUCUGGAAACCUCAACAUCACCGAACCAUUUCUCAAAGGAAUCUUGAUCAAGUUUCCUAGACUUGAAACAUUGUAUCUUUUGAAUACCCCCCAAAUUUCUUUGGAGAAUAAGAUUGGGCUAUUAAGAGGAUCUACAAUUCAACUUUACGACACGGAGCUUCUUGCAUUGCCAUUUGUGGAGAAAGAUGACGGGAUGACGCACGAGUUCAAAACAUUUGAGCCAAGAUUAAUCCCGCUUUAUGGUUACAUCAAACCAGUCAUUCAUCAAAUGAUCAUAAUGGCAUGCUGUAGUACAGAACUGGUCCCGCGCGACACAGAUGGAGGCCUCAAUAUCGAGUCUAUGUUUGAGAAAGGCAUAUUAUUGGACGCUUUUGGUCGAGACCAUUCUUGUAUACCUUUUGGAGAAGUAAAUCUCAAGCCAUCUGCGUUGAUAACCGGGAUUGGUCAAUACGUACAUUAUGUAAUGAACCAGCAGCGGUAUCUUGACAUUGGAAUGAUGAAUCCUCCAGCAUUGAAUAUCGCAAAGCAAUUAGCAAUGCCUCAUACUUUCGAAGAUAACGAGAAUUCAUUUGGAGUUGGUACCAUCUCUGAGUAUUUCUACCAUACGCCAAACGACAAUUGGUCUCUAUCCCAUAUUGGAGGGUGGUGGAAGAAAUAUUCUAAAAUUGCUCCAGGUGAAUGGACUUUAGUUCUGAUUGGGGAAACUGAUCGUUGGGACGGCCCAAAGGAGGAAUGUGCAAAAGUGCGAUACGCUUUUGUGAGCGCUGCUCCUCCCACAGAUACUGAAGAUCCAACUCUAGACUCAUAUGUUCCGAAAUUUAUCAUCCGGGAUUUUCGUGGAUUCCUUGACAGUAUUAUUUCUGAUGUGUCAGAUCAACAACAGAUCUUAGAAAUCUAG